UUUUGACGUCAUUCAAAAUGAUCGGCCCGGCUGCUGUCUGUCAUGCGCCAGAAAGAAAAGGAAGGGCAUGACAUGGGGCUGUGUUUUCCACUGACCAUUUAAGCGAGCUCGUUUAGACUGUUAAAAUUCUCCUAUAGUGUGGAUUUCUAUGCACCGCUUAACCAGACCGUUAAAUUUGACGUCCGGUGGAAGCCGUAGCUAGCGAGGCGAGCAGCUAGCUAUCUGAACAUACUGUUUAAAAGGAGCUAAUUUAGCCCUCGGAGCAUGGCCUUAAUCCUGUUUACACGGUCCCGGACGCCUUUUAUGAAAACGUCUCGGUCGUUGAAGAAUGAAUUCCGGAAAGGUAAAGAUAAGCUGCAGGAUGGUCCCUGUUUCAACUGCACAACUCUCAGACUCACCAGUCAAAAGCUUGAUGGGCUCCGACUUGGCAGCUUUGCCCGUGUUUUCUCAGUCAGUCCUUCCUUCGCCUCGCCUGAUGAAUAUGUGGGACCCUCUCAGAAUUCUGACCCACGUCGACCCUAUUGUGUGUUUGCCGUCGGUUCCUCUGGUCCUGGUUUGUGCAACCCAGGACCGCCACAGUACUUCCCGGCUGUCAGGUGGAUACACACCUCGAGGAGAAGGUGGGAUGACUCGAAGGUGGAGAAAUCCCUGCGCUCACUAAAGGACAAGAAGAAGAAGUUGGAGGAAGGCGGGCCCGUGUACAGUCCCACGCUGGAUGCUGAGCCCGUCAGAAGGACGCUGCGGCAGCGGGUGAUUGAUGAGAUCAAACACUACUACCAUGGCUUCAGGUUGCUGUGGAUCGAUACCACCAUCGCUGGACGCAUGCUGUGGAGGGUCCUGAAUGGAAAUCCUUUGUCUCGCCGUGAGAGAAGACAGUUUCUCAGAACGUGUGCAGAUGUCUUCAGGCUGCUGCCUUUCCUGGUCUUCAUCAUCGUCCCAUUCAUGGAGUUUCUCCUUCCUGUGGCUUUGAAGCUGUUCCCCAACAUGCUGCCUUCUACCUUUGAAACGCAGUCAAAGAAGGAGGAAAGAUUGAAGAAGGAGCUCAGAGUGAAGCUGGAGAUGGCCAAGUUCUUACAGGACACCAUCGAAGAGAUCGCACUGAGGAACAAGGCUGCCCAGGGCAACGUGACCGAGGAGUUCUCCACCUUCUUCCAAAAGAUCCGAGACUCUGGAGAACGUCCCAGUAAUGAACAGAUCAUUAAAUUCUCCAAACUGUUUGAGGAUGAGCUGACUCUCGACAACCUCACCCGACCUCAGCUGGUGGCUCUCUGUCGCCUCCUGGAGCUUCAGUCCAUCGGAACCAACAACUUCCUCCGCUUCCAGCUCAUCAUGAAGCUCCGAAACAUCCGUGCAGAUGACAAGCUGAUAGCAGAAGAGGGAGUAGAGAGUCUGAGCGUGAAUGAGGUACAGGCAGCCUGUCGGGUCAGAGGUAUGAGAUCUCUUGGAGUCACAGAGGAACGACUGAGGGAGCAGCUCAGCCAGUGGUUGGAGCUACAUCUGAACCAACAGAUUCCCACAUCUCUGCUGCUUCUGUCUCGAGCCAUGUACCUGCCAGACACUCUCUCUCCAGCUGAUCAGCUCAAAACUACUCUGCAAACUCUCCCUGAAAUGGUGACCAAAGAGGCUCAGUUAAAGGUGGCUGAAAUGGAGCUCUCCAAAGUGGACAACAAAACCAAACUGGAGACGAUGCUUCAGGAGGAGGCAGCGAUACUCCAAGACACCAAGGAUCGGGAGAUGGAGAGGCUGGCUGAUGCUGCAGAGAAGGCAGCCAAGGAGGAUGAGGUGGAGCUUGAAGCCAAUGGGGUGAAGCGCAGCGACGCAGAGCCAGCAUCAUUUCAGGCUAACAGAUCAGCUCAUCUGGAGACGCUGAGGGAUACAGCUCCUGUUAUUGAGGGGAACAAGUGUGAACAGUGGCAGAUGUUUCUGCGUUUCCAGGAUGAGGAGAUAACCAAAGAAGAGAUUGACCUUCUGAGUGACGCCUGCUCUAAACUGAAGGAGCAGAAGAAACUGCUUACCCUGGAGAAAGAGGAACUGGAGGAGCUGAAGGAUGAUGUCCAGGAGUACAAUGAGGAUCUGGAGGAGAUAAAAAAGGAGUUUUCUAAGAGCGGACAAGAGAAAGCCUUAGAGGAAUCGAAGGCCAGCCAGCGUUUGUCUAAGAGAGUCACCCGCAUGAUCGGUCGCAUUGAUAAAAUCAUUCUGGAGCUGGAGAAGGACAAGGUCAUCCUGGAUGGGCAGGUGGACAGCGGAGCCACUCCGCCUGUUGGAUUAUUCUUUACUAAGUAUAGCGAUGCUGCAAGUCUUUUCUACGCCUUCAGGGAGAACCUGAUCGGCAUCGACGAGCUGAUCAACGUCAUGCGGCAGAUCCAGAAUAUUCCAGAGGACAAGCUGCAGAGGAUUGCAGAAUCCCUGGAUGACAACAAAGACGGAAAGAUCGACAUUGACGACGUCAUUAAAGUGGUGGAACUGAUUGACAAGGAGGACAUCGAUAUCUCUACCUCCCAAGUAGCGGACAUCAUGGUGAUGCUGCAGAAAGAGGAGAGGCUGAUAGAGAAGGAGAAGGCCAAAGAGAAAGCCGAAAAGGAGCAGGCAGCCAAACUCAACAGCUAACUGCUCUGCACUUAAAGACACAGGGAGCACUUGUAGAAAACCACCACAGGGUAGUUUAAUCUGGUAUUGGCUCUCAGAUUACGUCAAACAAGUCAAGGGAGAACAACAAGGUAACAGCUGCCCUGUGGAAAUAACUGGUGAACAAAAAAUACCAAAAAGAGGGCCUACUUCCCCCUGAUGCACAGAAAUAAUUUGAAAGCUGUUAUGUAACACUUUUUUGAAAUAAGCUUAUGUAUUAUGUGGAUACUUGAGUUUAAUUUUAUCUAAUUUAUUAAUAUAAAUGGAGCCGAGUUGGCUCUAGCAGCUGGAAGCUCUAAGGAGAAAUCAGAUCAAAAAUCAUGUAUUAGGGGAUAUAGUAGAUAAUGUUUGGGGUGAAAUGUCUUUGCCUUUCAUUUCAUUCAUGUCAUCUGAAAGAAAUUAUAUCAUUUCUGGACUUACACAGUUAACAUAAUCUUCAUCAUUGUCAUUCCAUCCAGAUUUCUUUUUUUCUUCAUGCUCCAUCCACCACUAUCGGAGGUCUUUCUAUUUUUUCCUCAUUUGGUUUUGUUCUUGUUUGUUUGCUGGCAGCAAAAUUUGUAACUAUCUGCUACCGAAGACAUGAUUGGAUUCAAAAAAGAGAUUUUGAAUCAGGAUAGUCUUCAGAUCAGUUUAUUCUGAAAAUAAAGCAGAUAUAGAUUGUUUCAUACUUAAUGGAGCUACAUGGAUAGUAGUGUUUGGUUUUUUCAAGAACAGAUUUAACUUAUUUUAUUUUUAACACUUGAAUUGAUAAACCUAAAUCCGCUUCAACAUUUAUACCUCUAAAGCAGCCUAAACUUGCUUGAGUAUAAACGUGGGUUCUUUGAGUUUGCAGUUUGGAGGCUGUGUUGGCGCUUCACACUCUAGACCUGGACCGGUUACCAUGCAUCACGGUUUUCCAAUGUUCCAAAUGGGGACGGCUACAGAAGAACAGCGGCAUCAAACUGUUCCUGUGCUUUAGAGUUCUGUUAAUGUUUAUGUGACUGGAGUUUUCUCCAGCUCUAUUGAGCGUAUAGGGAUUUAGAAAGGUCUCUGACACAGCUGUUGCUUAGCACUGCUCGUCAGAUGGCUGAAAAGAGGGUAAUUACAUUAUCCUUCACUUGCAAGAAAGAUAAUUUGGACAUUUAAAAAAAUAUUACCUAUUGCAACGAAAAAAAUUGCCUUUUUAAAAAAAUAAAAACAUAUAUAUCUAUAUAUCCAUCUGUUGUUUCAGGAGCAGUCAUGGAAAUGUUCUUUGAUAAAAUUAGAUGGAAUUUUAGUGUGAAAUUCUCUUGGAAUGUCCUACUGACCGAUGCCCAGCUGUGUCCCUGUAAUUUUUUCAGGGCAUCGUUUGUUGCCCUGCUUGUAGUCCUCUUUUCUAUUUUUUUUUUUUUUGCCAAAGCAACACCCAUACCUGUUCCCCCCUCGUAUUCUUUGCAAGUUAAGGCACUCCUCUGCAAUAGCACCAUCAGUUUAAGCUUGAUUGAUUGGAGUUUUUGUUUGCACUCUUACCUCUUUGUAAGAACCCAACAUUUUUGUAUUGUGAAGUACGAGGAACUGUGGUUACUGCAAAACUAAACAACCAAAAAACCCAGAUAGGUUAAUGUGUAUGAAGUAAGGCUAUAGUUCUAAAACAGAAAUGUGCCAUUAACCGAAUAUUUGCCCUAGUUUUCUAAAACAGAAAAGUGGAAGUUUGUUCUGGAAGAGGGAGGAGAUGAAGCUUUGAUGCUUUGAAUUUUUUAUCCUUAGGAGUUCUGGUAGAAUUGUGGUAGAAAUGGCUCCUAAGUGAUCUUCUUGCGACACAAAUACUACACUGGUUUAUGUACUAUUUGUAUAUAUAUAUAUAUUUUUUAGAAUUUAAGAAGAAAAUAUUUUUUUUUUGGUGAUGAUAAAGCUGAAUAUAAAAGUAGAUCAGAUUGUUUAGCGUUUUACCUCAAACAGGUAAAAACAUUUUGCACUUCAGCGCUGAAUGUGUUUGAUUGUAAACAGUCAUUUUUAUUUUUUCUAAGGAAAUAAUGAUACUUUCAUGUAUAGCGCCUUGAAAAAUAGUCAUACCCAAGUAAAUAUUCCACAUUUUCAAUAUCUUUUUCAUUUCGGAGGACAGACUCAAUGCUGUGCAGACUAACACCAUGGAAAUGUAUUCUUGAGAGCAAAAGUGAUGCAAAUAUGUCAGCUUUUAGUCAUGAUUAUGUCUCUACCAACUUUGCGCUUUACAAGUACUAUUGUAUCUGUGCAAAGCAGCACAAGCUCAGACUGAAUGGAGAGUCUGAAGAGAGUUUUUUUUCUUUUAGUCUUAGACAACAACCUUUAUUGUCAUUUUGUAUACAUAGUGUAUACACAAGUCUUGCUACAGACUCUCUUGGAUUUUUGCUUCAGGUUGCAUAGAAAAACUCUCUUUAUAUUUAGGAUACCUUUCCUGCACAAAGGGGAAUUUUCAUCCAUGUCUUAUAAAAGGUCCUUUACUAGGACUGCCCUUUGUUUAUAUCCUUUUAGUGUUCCUCUCCAUGCCUAAGAUAGGUUUCCCCCACAGCAUCAUGCCACCCAUCCUGUGCUUCACCCUGUGACUUUGAAUCCAGGUUGAUGCACAGCGGUAGUUAAUGGCCAGAACAGGCAAUUUUUAUCCUAGCUUAGAUGAUGGAUUGAACAUUACUCUGUAAGAUGUUCAAACUGCGUUAUAUUAAAUCCUCGAUCAAUCUGCUGAGUUCCUAACUCUCUAUCUAAAUGUCUAUUGCAUACAAGCUUGAGGUUUUUAACAUGCCAAAGUGUAGAAAAGUCACUUUUUUUUCCUUCAGAAUGUUGUUAGGGAAAAGUAUAUACGCGUCUGCAAGUUCUACAAACAGCUUGGAAGUUUAAUUUGUCGUCUUGUGAUGUGAGCUACAAGUAAAUGUUACACUGAAUCAAUCACUUUCUCUUUAUCAGGGAAAAUACGACAAAUAAGACUUGUUUUUAAAUUUAUAUAAAAUGUACUACUAAUAAAACAGCAGGUUUAAAAAGUCUGUAAAUUUUACAAGAUGGAACAAAGGUUAGAGGAAAUUCAGCUUUUAUGUAAUAUAUUGAUUAUUAUCGUUUAGGAUGUAUGAGAACUAAUUUGAAUUGAAGUAGACCUUUAUUCUGCUUCUUUUUAAAGUUUUACUUCAACAGAAGGAACCCAUAAGGUAAUGGAUUUCUGAAUUCCGUCUCACAGGAAAGAUUUUUGAGCUGAUAUUGGGAUUAAUCUGCUGUAUCCAGCAGAGAUGCUCAGGGUAACUAAAAACGACAGAGCGGCAUAAGACAAGAGUCAUCGCCGCCGCCUUUAAUCCGCUCCUGGACUCUUUAAUCGUCCAGGUGGAUGAUUAAGAGCUUGUUCCUCCUCUGUCGGGCGUCGCAGAGACAGAGUGAGGCUAAGCUUCGUCUGGGACCAGUUACACUGAUGGCUGAGGGGUAAAAACCUUUCUGACCUUUUCUCAUGUACAUUAAGACCAUUUUGUGUAAAAAUGAUCAAUGGCAUUGUAUUAACUAUAACAUUGGUUAUGAGGAUUGGAUUUCAGCCGUACAGUUAUAAGAACCUGACCAACCAAACAAGCAUAUGAAUACUCUCGCCACACAGCCUGGAAGCCUCUCUGGUUGAAUAAAAAAACAAACAAAAAAAACAAAGAUGCUUUGAAGUUGUUCAGCAGGAAAAGAACAGAAUUCCCUGUUCACCAUUGGUACCUUUUUGAAAUGCAGUUUUUUUGUUUUGUUUUGCUGCGGUUCACUUUAGGAGUUCUGUAAGUUGGGUGCAGUUGAUGGAUAGAAGGCGCUCUAGCAGCAGGUUCAAAUCCAAUCUAUCUGAGAAUCCAAUCCAGAAUCAUUGGUUACAUCACCACCUUUUACUUCCUGUUUAAGAUGGAAGCUAAAGUUACCGACUGACUUAAAACGUGCACUGGUUAGCUUUGUAUGAAAAAAUUUGUAUGUCUCAGCGUGUUGAUUUGGGGAGAUUGAACCCAAGAUACAAACCGUCCUUUAAGAUUCCUGUAAGUUUGACACACUUGAGUUUUAGAUAAAUCAGCAGGUUGUUUUUGUGGUAUUUAUUUUUCUGUGGGCAGAACAAAGGGCAUUAAUCUAAUAAAACGUCCGAACAAAAUCUUGAUACGAAGAUAUUUGAUGUUUAUUAGGUACAGAAAGAAACUAUAAAAGCAAACAUAUUCCUUCUGGAGCUCUUGUCACCUCUAAGGCUCUGACCUUAACAGCCAUUUUUGUCCCUCAACCGUAUGAGGGAACAGCUUAAACAUAAUCCAUUUUGAUAAAUCUUUCAAUGAAAUGUUCCCUUUUGUUUAAUUUAGGGACUUGAUAUAUCCUCCAAUCAAGUUGAAUCUCAAAUAUCUAAGAAUAACUGCUUUUUAUUUUUUGUUUUGUGCAGCUGGAAAGUAUUCACAGCAUUUAUUGUAUAGUUAUAUUAUGGCCUACCCGAAAACAGAUUGCCUUUAUUUUCCCCCACAAAAGAAAACAAUGUAAAAAUUUCAUUUUUAAAUAUUUGCAAAUAUAUACGAAAAGUGAGAAACGUCAUUAAAAAUGUGAAAACACUAAAGAGCUUUGAAUACUUUCCAGAUGCACUUUACAUUGUUUUGAGUUUCUGUAAAGGAUCAUUUUCCAGAUGUGUCAUAAGCGUUAAAUAAAUUGUAAAGAAUA